AGAUAAGAUGUUUUCUGAAGGUAGUUUUGAAGGUGAUGAAUGUGUCUGCAGUUCUAGAGUUCUCAGGUAGGGUAUUCCAGAUUUUUGGGCCUUUGACAUACAUUGAAUUUUUGUAAAGGUUUAGUCGGACACGGGGAAUGUCAUAGAGAUGUUUGUGUCUGGUGUUGUGCCUGUGGGUUCUGUCACAACUAUCAAGAAAGCGUUUUAGGUCAAGGUUAAUAUUGGAAUUUAAGGUCCUGUAGAUGUAGAUUGCACAGUAGUAAGUGUGGAUGUACUGAACAGGGAGUAAGUUUAGAUCUAUGAAGAGUGGGGGGGUGUGUUGCCAGGGAUGGGAUUUAGUGAUUAUUCUUACUGCGGCUUUUUGUUAGGUGUGUUGCUGCAGUUGAACCCCAAGCACAGAUAGCAUAGGUGAGGUAUGGAUAUAGAAGUGAAUGGUAUAGUGUGAGAAGAGCAGUUUGCGGCAUGUAGUAUCAUAUCUUGGAGAGGAUCCCAACCGUUUUGGAUACUUUUUUGGUUAUGUGUUAGAUAUGGGUGCUGAAGUUCAGGUUGUUGUCGAGGUAUAGGCCUAGGAAUUUGCCCUCAUUAUGCCUGGCAAUUAGUGUGUUGUCGAUCUUUAUGUUAAUUUGCGCAUCUCCUGCUCUGUUACCAAACAUAAUGUAUAGUAGGUUUUGUCAGUGUUAAGCGUAAGUUUAUUGGCUGUCAUCCAAGUCGAUAUUUUGAUCAGCUCCUCAUUAACAAUGAUGUUGAGGGUGGCAAGAUUAGGGUGAGAGAUGACAUAAGUUGUGUCGUCAGCAAAGAGAAUGGGGUUCAGGUAUUGAGAUACGUUUGGAGGAGGUCAUCAAUAAAGGUAAGUGUCACGUAACUGUGCAUGUCUUCUUCAGUUUGUGUGUAUUAAAAUUAAUAUUUCAUGUGGUAAAAAUUUUUUUUUGUUCAUACUUUGGGGAGUCAAGAAUGGAUUAAUUUGAUUUCCAUUAUUUCUUAUGGGGAAAAUAAAUUCAGCUAACGAUAAUUUCGCCUAACGUUGAGCUCUCAGGAAUGGAUUAAUAGUGUUAGGCAAGGGUCCACUGUAUAUACGUUCUUACCGCUAGUGCCCCAAAUGUAUAUAUACGUUUUAUUUUUCCUGCCUUCAAAUUUGGCAUAAUUGGUCUGAAAUGCCUUGUCAACAUAGAAUGGGUCUUAACACUCAGUGUGCACUGUAUUAAAAAGUCUGGGACCACUUAGUACCUUGUGAGAGCACCAGUUCAAAUAAGCGCCAGCUAGAGCAAACAGCGCGGCAAACACCUGGGAUUCAUUGAUUUCAUGUAGUAUUAACUCUUCCCAUUUUAAGAAGAAAGUGAUUUUGACCCUGAGUUUGGUGGCUUUGAGGUGGAUGUGGCCAUAAGUGGUCGAGGAAAUAUCAAAAAACCUUGAUAAUAACCCAUGUGCAAUAUUUGUGGAACACCCUUUCAGAAUGUCUUAUAACCUAUGCCCUAAGUAAAGAGAAACAAAUCUGGAACGUAAUACUUGUCCAGCAGGCUAGCUGGCUGGCUGACUGGCCAGCUGCAUGGCUGGCCAGCUGCUGGUGGCCUGGCUCGCUCUCUGUUUGUAUCUGUCUAUUUCUGUCUAUCUCUGUCUUUGUCUCUGUCUCUGUAUGUCACUUUCUAUCUGUCUCUGUCUAUCUCUGUCUCACAGGUACACAUAAACACAAGUAUACAUAGUGUAAAUUACCUAAGAUAACCCCAAAAAUCCAGACAAAGUGCUAUACUCAGCUUGAAGAUAUGAGUAAACGUGAUGACGUAGUCUUGUGGUUCUCUCUGAGACAGAGAGCUAAAUGGAUAGACAGAUAGACAGGGAGCUUGACAGACAGACGGACAGACAUGUUUGUGUACCAGUGAAAACAAAGCGAGUGCCGAUGCUUAUCAAAUGUCACCUCUAAUCUUAUCAAGUCUUAUCACAACACCCUUGCGUAUGCUCAUCAAAUGUCACGUCUUUGGUUAUUUCAUCUUAGCACAUCACUGUCGGGGUAGACUGAGGCUCGUUUUACAUGCUUCAAGGGAAGAAGAGGAAAGAAAACAACAACAGCCGCAGCCGCCACCGCCACAAGAUAUAGCUAAUGUUUUAACACUGGAACUGGAGUCCUGCAGCAAAUGUGAAACACAAACAUGUUUUAUGGAUCAAAGGCUCGAAGAAAAAGGGAUUACAUCAUGCCAGAGUUAUAUGAUGACAGUGACACUAAUGAGGAAGUGGAUUCUGUGGAUGAAUUUGAGCCACAACCAGAUGCUUCAGAUUCAAGUGAAGAUGAAUAUGAAGAUUUGUCUGCGAGAAGUCAGCGAGUUACUGGAAAAUGAAGAAAUAUACAAAAACAAGUAUUUGAAGAUGAUGAGGUUGAUAAAAGAAUUGUCAACAACAAAAGGUGGAUGGUGACUGUCCUUCAGUCAUAAAGAAUUAUAAUGCCCAUAAGGCAGGCAGAGAUAAGAAUGAUAUGUCGGUGCAUCUCUACAAGUCUCCACUCAAAGCAAAAUGCUAGUACAUGAGGCUUUUUGGAUAUGUCCUUGAUCUUGUUGUGUCAAUGGCUGGUUGUUGUACAGGCAUGACUAUGGUGCUUUGAAAGAGAAAUUCAUGAACCUCAAGGAAUUCAGGUUUUCUGUCUCCCAUUCUGUAAGAAGACCAACCAACUUCACUUGAAGAAAUUUUCAGUUGGCCUGGAAAAAGAGCUCAUGAUGAUAUAAGAUAUGAUCAAACAGUACCUCACUGGCCAGUUCCUACAAAGAGGCUUUCAUGUAAACAUUGCAACACCAACACCAAGAAAAUCUACUCUUCCUUUCUCGUUCCAUAUACAAGGUUAAGCUAUGUCUAGGUGCAACCAGGAAUUGUUUCAUGGAUUUCCAUAUUGAACAAGAUGCUUAGAUACCUCUGAUAAAAAUGUUUGUCACAAUAAAUACAGAAAGGAUACUCAUUUGGUGCCAUAUCGAUAUUUUUGUAACAUUUGUUCAUUUUUUUGCAUAAUGUCAAGUACUACAAAUGUGUUAAAAUUAUUGAAAUCAA